AUGAUAAAAUUCGUAAAAAUAAUUAAAGACGCUAUUGAAGCCCAAAAUCAAAUAAAACAAAUGAUUAAUUUCAUUUUAAACGAAGCUAAAGAUAAAGCAGAAGAAAUAGAGUCCGGAGCAAUUGAGGAAUUUAAUAUAGAAAAAAUGAACCUAUUUGAACAAAAAAAAGAUGAAGUUAGGUCAAAGAUAUUAAAGAAUAUAAAUGAUCUCCGCCUCAAGAAAAUGAGACAAAGAAAUGUCGAGCUUAAGAAAAUGAGUAAUAAUAUUUUGAUGUACCAGUGUGAAGUGGUUGACGAACUAAAGAGGCUGGCAUUGGAUAAACUUUAUGACCUAUCACAAAAUCGCGAUGAAUAUAAAAAAAUUUUAAAAAUGUUAAUACUGUCAGGAUGUCUGUCACUUGAUUCUGAUAUUGUUUAUGUAAGAUAUAGACCCUCCGACUCAAAAGUCGUCGAAUCUACCCUCGGGGAUGUCAAAAGUGAAUAUGAAAGGCUUACAGAGCUGAAAUAUGAAAUCGCUAAAACAAUCACGUUAGAACUGGAUAGGGAUAAUCAUUUAUCGGAAGACGUUUUAGGAGUUGUUCUAACCAAUGAAGAUGGAACAAUAGAGUGUAACUCCACCCUAAAUAAUAGGCUGGAAAUGUGUUGCCGAGAGAUGAUACCACAAAUCAAAUUAGAACUCUUUUCUUCUGUUGGCAGUAAAUAA